GGCAACGUGUACUAAACGGAUACAGAGCUGCCGUUUUUUUUUUAUCUUCAUCACUUUAGCACUUAUCGAUUUCUUUCAGUAACUUUGACACAACACAACGUGAACAUGGAAAAAAUUGACAAGGAUCCAGAGGAGGCACCGGGACGCUCUGUGUUGCCUGAAAAACAAGAGACGAAGACCAGGCUCUCCACUUGGAAGGCUGAAAAAAACCCCAAUGAGGAGGUCACCGAGCAGUCAAAGAGAGACGAGGAGCAGGAACGUACAAAGAGAAUAAUCAGCCUGCAGAGAGAACUGACAACAUCUGUGACCAACAUCCAAACUGCAGGCGAUGCCAAAUGGUUGGAGCGAAGGGCAGAGUUGGAGGAAGCUCGCAGAAUUAGACGAGAGCAGCAGGAGAAUGAUACGAAGGCCAGCCAGGAAAAAUAUGAUGAGAUCAUUAGAAGCUGGUGGACACUCAAUGAGGACAAGAUUACUCCAGAACUGUAUGAAGCCCUGAAGAGCCAUCAGCAGUUGUGUGAUACUAUCAUCGCAGACAAGAAAAAACGCAUAAACGACCUGCAACAGGAGUUAAAGAAGAAAGACGAUCACUAUGUGAAGACCUUGAGGAACAACGAGGAGGAGAUUGACCUGCUGAUUGAGAGGAUGGAGGAGCAGAUAGGAACUCUGACUAAAGCUUACAGGGAAGAGCUUGGCCAGAUGGAGACUGUUGAUCAGCAGGAAACUGAAGUCUCACUUGCACAAUACAAGGCAGAAUGGCAACAAGAAAUGAAGGAACUUUGGGACAAACAGAUAGCACAGUUGACUGAGAGGAGGGAUGAAGUGGAGAACUAUGAAGAGAAACUCCACGAUCAGAUGUUGAAGGACACUGACUUAUACAUCCAGAUGCUUCGAGAAGAAAACGAUUCACAGUUCAAGAUGCAGAGAGAGCAUCAACAGAUGAAGGGCGCUGACAGGAUCAUGAAGCUACUAACAAAAAGCAAAACGGAUCAGCCUGCAAAGGUCAAGAUGUCCAGCAUUAAAAGCAGGAUCUCCGCCCUGCAGAAAGAAAAACAAACACCAAAAAAUGAGCGCAUGAGACAACAGAAAGAAUUAGCGCAGAAGAGAGAGAAGUUAUCUGCAGAAUACAAACGCGCCGUCGAUGAGUAUGAACGCCUACAGAAGCAAGUCAAACACUUUUCAGUUGCUGAUGCCAGAAGAUUUCGGGAGGUGCAGCUCAUGGCUGAAGCAGAGAGGAAAGAACAAGUGGAGAAUGUUUUGGCCUUGGACUCGCAGAUCUGCAAGCACCUUGGUAUAGCUUGGAAGUGGCCUGAUCUGCCCUUCAUGGAGCACUCUGGUCCCAUCCAGCCUCAGAAACAGGCCCUGAGGCCCGACCACCAGCAAGAGGAGGGAGAGGUGUCCAUGGAGACAGUGAAGACAGUGAUGGAGCUGCUGUGUGAUGAAACGGGCUUCCUGAUGGAGAGUAAACUCCUGCAGCUGUUGGCUCCCCUGGAGAAGGAAGAACAGACCUUUGUGAAGCUGACAGCUCUCUUUCAUUCUUUGGGCAUCGAAGGCGAGGAUGUGCCAGAGUUGGCUGGUUUCAUAUUAAAGUAUAAACGAGAGCAAGGAGUGCAAACUGAGGAUGUUUGUGCUGAAUCCAGUGAUGUCCCAAAGGCAGCGGAGACCAGUUCUAGCACUAAUAAGAGCUCUGAACUGAUCCAUUAUAGCAAUGUCCUGCCUGCUCUGAGAAGCUUCCUCGAGCAGCGUGUGGAGUCCAGGGAGAGCACAGCCCACCAACGUUCCAGCGUUGGCCAUGCAGAAGCCCCAGAUGCUUCAGAUUAUAAAGCCUACUGGGACAGUAUGGCCAACAUCAUCCCUGAGGACAAGCUCAAAAUGUGGGAUGCAGCAGAGAAGAAAUUCAGACAAUACCAUGGCGUUCUGAAAAACAUCUCUGAGCUCCGCUCUCAGAAUGAGCGUCUGCAGCAGCGAAAUACAGAACUGCGGGUACGAGUGCAACAGAUGACAGCCGGCGGGUCCCAGAAAACAUAACCAGCAUCAUUAUCACAGCAUUUAAAAAAACAACAAAAAAAUAAAAAAUAAAGCCCCUAUUAGGAAAUGUUGUAUUGGCAGUUU